AUGAGGAUGAUUGACAGGAGGCACUGUCUUCAGCAGAACGGGCAGGAUGAAGACCACCAGGGAGUGACGUAUGCCCAGGUGAACCGCUCAAGACCAAGACCCACGCAGGGAACGGCUGCCUCUCCUUCCUCCCUGUUAGGGGAAGUGCUGGACACAAAGGGCAGACAAGCAGAAGAGGACAGACAGAUGGACAGUCUGGCUGCACCUGACAACUCCCAGGAUGUGACCUACGCCCAGCUGAACCUCUUGGCCAUUGCACAGCAGACAAGUGCACCUUCAUCCUCCCCAUCAGAGGAGCCCAGCUUGUACGCUGCUCUAGCCUUCCACUAA